AUGACCAAGGCUUGGUCAUCCAUGCAGACAGAUAGAAAGGCCUACGGCAUUCAAGGAGGUUUCCUUCCAAGAGAAAUAUUCAAAACAGAGGGAGAAUCAGACCUCAUCCGGUUAUCUUUUUUAUCCAUGCCAAUGGACAAAGUGGAAACAAAGUGGCAGCUGUGGAAGAACUACCAAUAUGUGCUGGCCUUCCGUUUUGCCAUCCAGGAGAUCAAUAAGGACCCCCAGCUCCUCCCCAACCUGACCCUGGGUUUCCAACUCUACAAUUCUGUUACCAGUGGUCAGUUCACCCUGAGGAGCACUCUGCACUGGCUGACGGGAAAGCAUCAUCUCAUCCCUAACUACACCUGCCAGACACAAGGCAAGACAGUUGCCAUCAUUGCUGGAACCACGUCAGUAUUUUCAGCUGAAAUUGGAACGAUGUUGGAGCUGUACAAAACCCCACAGAUCACAUAUGGUCCCUUUGAUCCCAUGCUAAGUGAGAGAGCCAAGUUUCCAUCCAUCUAUCAGAUGGCCACCAGUGACAGCUCUCUGGCCUGCGGAAUGCUCUCAUUGCUGCUCCAUUUUGGCUGGAUUUGGGUGGCGAUCUUUGUAUCUAAUGAUCUGAAAGGAGAGCAGUUCCUUCAGGAUAUUUUAGCCGAGAUGGUAAAGAAAGGUGUCUGCUUGGCCUAUGCAUUAAAGCUUCCUGACUCUAAGAAAAGGUAUGAAAACACUAAAAUAUCUUUCUUAGCUGAUCUUCACAUUUUGUCAGCAAAUGUGUAUAUUCUAUAUGGGGAUGUGAGCAGUCUGUAUACCAUGGAAUUUCUAAGCCAAUACUAUUUGACCUUGGGGAAGGUGUGGAUCAUGGCUGCAAAAUGGGAGAUUGCUCUGCUCGAGACAGAACACAUGCUGCACUCUUUCCAUGGAGGCUUCUCAUUUUCACAUCACAAGGGGGAAAUCCCUGGCCUCAAGCAUUUUGUCAAGACAGUGGACCCUUCCCACUACCCAGAAGAUUUCUUCCUCAGUCAACUAUGGCUUCAUGCUCUUCACUGCUUACCUCGGGGCUCACACUGUGGAACAGUUGGAGUCUGCCCCCCAAAUGCUUCCUUUGAGUUUUUCCCAGGACACAUUGACAUGCUGACCACAUCUGACUCCAGCUAUUUCAUCUACAGUGCUGUGUAUGCAGUGGCCCACGCCCUCCAUAAGAUGCUUUCCGAGCAAAUAGAAAAGGGAUCUCCAGGAGAUGCAGCUCAACCUAGGAUUCUUCCAUGGCAGCUGGCGAUCCACGGCUCCACCUGGCACGUCUCCCGUGAUCUUCCUCUCCAGGCGCUGUCGCCGAGGGUGAGCCGGGCCACAGGAUCGCCGCCGCCGCCGCCGCCGCCGCCGCCUGCUGGGGAGGAUGUUUCCUUCCAUGAAACGAGACACCGUAUGAAACACUACGAUAUCCACAACAUUGUGAACUUUCCUGCUGGAUUUCGGUUGCUCAUUAAAAUCGGGGAGUUUUCCUCUGAGAAUGCACAUGACCAAGGCUUGGUCCUCAAUGAAGAGAUGAUAGAAUGGCCUGCAGCAUUCAAGGAGACUCCUCAGUCUUUGUGUAGCCAGAGGUGUGGUCCAGGAUUCAGGAAAAUGACACAUGAAGAAAGACCUGUCUGCUGCUAUACUUGUGUUAUUUGUUCAGAAAGAGACAUUUCCAAUCAUACAGAUGCAGAGCAGUGCACCCCGUGUGCAGAUCAUGAGUACCCAAACCUGGAGAGAAACCACUGCCUCCCCAAGCUGGUGACCUUCCUGGGCUUUAAGGAAUUUCUAGGGAUGGCUCUGGCCUGCAUGGCUCUGUGCUUCUCUGUCCUCACAGCUGCGAUCCUCUGGGUCUUUGUGAGGCACCGAGACACUCCCAUCGUCAAGGCCAAUAACAGGACCCUCAGCUACGUCCUGCUCAUCACCCUCCUCCUGUGCUUUCUCUGCUCCUUACUCUUCAUUGGCCGUCCCAACACAGCCACCUGCCUCCUCCAGCAAAUAGCAUUUGGCCUUGUGUUCACAGUGGCUGUUUCCACUGUGCUGGCCAAGACCAUGACUGUGAUUCUGGCCUUCAAAGCUCUGAAACCUGGAAGAAUAAUGAGGCAAUUGCUGGUAAUAGGAGCUUCUAACUUCAUCAUUCCCAUCUGCUCCUUCAUCCAACUGGCUCUUUGUGGCAUCUGGUUGGGAAGUUCUCCUCCCUUUAUUGACACAGAUGUACACUCUGAGCCUGGCCACAUCAUCCUGGUGUGCAAUAAGGGCUCGGUCACUGCCUUCUACUGUGUCCUGGGCUACCUGGGCUCCUUGGCCCUGGUGAGCUUCACUGUGGCAUUCCUAGCUAGGAAUCUGCCUGACACAUUCAAUGAAGCCAAGUUCCUGACGUUCAGCAUGCUGGUGUUCUGCAGUGUCUGGGUGACCUUCCUGCCUGUCUACCACAGCACCAAGGGGAAGGUCAUAGUGGCUGUGGAGAUCUUCUCCAUCUUGGCCUCCAGUGCAGGGCUCCUGGGCUGCAUCUUUUUCCCCAAAUGCUACAUUAUUCUCAUAAAACCGGAUAAAGUUUCUUUGAAAGCUUUCAAGAAUCAGAUCAGUUCUAGGAGAACCUAA